GUCCUGAACGGCUCCGCCAGCGCAUUCUUUCGCAAACCGGAAUAACGUAGAGCUGACAGUUCAAACCACAGCCACAGACUCGGCGUCAGACGGGGAGUUUACAGCUACACUACCUCUCUUUCAGUCCCGAGCAACUCGACGUCUCUCGGUCUCACCACAGGCGGAACCGUGUCGUUUUCGGGGACUAAAUUGAGACUUUCAGCGGGACGGAAGGGAAGAGAACCAGGUAUCCGGUUAGACGCGCUGGCUCACCGGGCUGGAGUCCAAUUUGAGCCGGACACUUUCAGCUGUCCUCGUCGGGAUGCGUGCUGGACUUGUUUUUAACAAUAUUUACCCCUCUUUUUGAAUUGUAUGUGUUAUCUAGGAAUCGCUUAGGCUCGCUUGGGAUUGUUUUUGUUAGUAACGUUACGUUAGUUGUCUAAUAUAAGAAAGUUGGAGCGCUAGUUAACGCUCAGAUGUGAUUUAUCUACUUCAGCUGGCUGGGCAGAUAGUUUAGGUUGUCGAUUAGAUAAGUCGCCUAAAUAGGUUGCUUACAUAAUACCUUUGUUUUGUUACCGGUAUAGUUGCAUUUUUAAGUUAAUCCAGCUUUCUUCCCGUCUCUUUGCCAAGUCUCUCAAAGGUUUUGGUUUGUAUGUCUAUGCAUAUUUCUCGCAAGCAAACCUGUCAGAGUUCUUGACUGGUUAGGUCUUGGUGCCAGUAUAAUAGUAGCUUUAUAAAGGCAGGAAAAACCACAGAACCGAUUUGCAUAUCUAAUUUCAAGCUAGUCUGUCAGUGCUUCCCAUAUCCAGUUUGUUUUCUUUUAAAAGGUCUGUAUUGGUGAGGCUCAAGCUGGCUGACAGGUGAUAUUUUCUGCCUGAAUCCUCUGAGCUGGCCUGACUGAUAGCUAUGACAUUUUCCAACAGUUGUUUUGUAUCUUCAGACUUCAAUAUUUCCAGUAUCUGCUCUUGGUGCCAACGUUGCAUUAGUAAUAUUAGCUAACAAAAGCUCAGUUCGCCCCUCCAAAUUAGUUACGGCAUAUGUAGUUGUGACAUUUUUACUAGUUAGGUCAAGUUUUCCUUCCUUUUUUUGCAACAAGUGUAUGAAUUAGUGCCAGUUGACUUGGUGGCUGGUUCGAAACGUAUCAAACUCAACUGUUUGUAUCGAGUUAGUGUACUUUUGUAAAAUCGUGGAAAGACACACCUUUGCAGCGAGACCAGGUCAAGUUUAGCCGUCAUUUAUCGUAUCUCAGAGGUGAAUAAAAAUGUCAGGACAGUCCAUCACAGAUCGCAUCGCAGCGGCCCAGCACAGCAUGACUGGGUCAGCCAUCAGCAAAGCCGUCUGCAAGGCCACAACGCAUGAAGUCAGUGGACCCAAAAAGAAACACCUCGAUUACUUGAUCUACUGCACCAAUGAGAUGAAUGUGAACGUGCCCCAGCUGGCCGACACUCUGUUUGAAAGAACCACCAACAGCAGCUGGGUUGUGGUCUUCAAAGCCCUCAUCACCACACACCACAUAAUGAUGUAUGGAAAUGAGCGUUUCAUUCAGUAUCUGGCCUCAAGAAACACGCUCUUCAAUUUGAACAAUUUCCUUGAUAAAGGUGCAUUGCAAGGCUAUGACAUGUCCACAUUCAUCAGGCGGUACAGCAGAUAUCUCAAUGAGAAAGCCCUUUCCUAUAGGCUGGUGGCUGUGGACUUCACCAAGAUGAAGAGAGGUAUUGAUGGAGUCAUGCGCACCAUGAACACGGAGAAGCUGAUCAAAACCUUGCCUAUCAUUCAAAACCAGCUGGACGCGCUGCUGGAUUUCCAGGCUAACCCUAAUGAGCUGACUAACGGAGUGAUCAACGCUGCCUUCAUGCUGCUCUUCAAAGACUCCAUCCGUCUGUUUGCUGCCUAUAAUGAGGGCGUUAUCAACUUGCUGGAGAAAUACUUUGAUAUGAAAAAAAACCAGUGUAAAGAUGCCCUGGACAUCUAUAAGAAGUUUCUGUACAGGAUGACCAAGCUGUCAGAGUUUCUUAAAGUGGCUGAGCAAGUUGGGAUUGAUCAGGGUGACAUCCCAGAUCUCACUCAGACGACUAGAGGAUCUUACCUUGCUCCCAGCAGUCUCCUGGAGGCUCUUGAGCAGCACCUGGCCUCUCUGGAGGGCAAGAAAACCAAGGAGCUCUCAGCCGACAACAGAGCCAACACUCUGUCCAAUGCGGUGUCGUCCCUCUCCAACACGGGCAUGUCCUUCUCCUUCUCAUCCAGCAGGAUGGACGAGAAGGAGAAACAACAGGCCCUGGAGGAGGAGCAAUCCCGUCUGCAAGCUCUCAAGAACCAGCGUCUGAAGGAGAUGAGCAUGCAGACCCCCUCUGCCUCUCCCAGCACACAGUCUAUGGGUAGUGCCAACAACCACACUGCGGGCAUGGACCUGUUCACCAACACCACAAGCCCACCCUCAACAAACAGCAUGCCAAACCUCAACAGUGACUUGUUUGACCUUCAGCCUGCCUUCAUUCCUGCUGUGCAGAGCACUCCUAUCUCCACCGCCAGCAGUGCCUGGGGAGGUCUAGAAAGCAGCACUCUUCAUCCCAUGGCUUCCAUGCCCACCAUGAAUGUAGAUUUUGAUGCUGUAUUUGGGACUAAAGCUUCCAAUAGUGAUGUGAAGCCAUCAGCUGGUUAUGAUGCGUUAGGAGACUUGUUGAAGCCCACGGUGACGGUUCACACUCAGGCACCGAUCAUGGCUCCUCAUACAGGCAGUAAACUGUUGGCCAGUGACCUGGAUUCGUCCCUGGCCAACCUCGUAGGCAACCUGCAGUUUGGGGGAGCACCAGGCAAAAAGUCUGACAUGCAGUGGACUCAGCCUGGAGAGAAGAAGCUGACCGGUGGCACUAACUGGCAGUCAAAGACAAUGAGCAGCACCACUGCCUGGAGCCCCGCCCCCUUGCCACCUGCUGCCAUGCCACCUGCCGCCAUGCCCGUGCCACACAUGACUGGAAUGUUCUAUACUAGUUAUGCUCCUGCUCCCAUGGCGUUUCCCAUGACAACACCUCAAGUGCCUGUGUAUGGAAUGGUCCCUCCUCAGCUGGGACAGAUGGGAGGGGUUCCAGUAAUGACCCAACAGCCCAUGUUGUACAACCAGCCUGUUCUCAGACCCACUAACCCUUUCACCCCCAUCCCUGGAGCCCAGAUGCAGUUCAUGUAAGUAGCACUUAAGCAGAGCGCCAAACAGGAUGGCUGAAAAGAACAAGCUAGUGAGAGGAGGAUCCAACUACCACCAAAUAAAAGGAGAUCGAGAUAAAAAGAAAGAGCGUGCAUAUGGAGAGGAAUGUGUUUGUGGCAAGAAUGCUUACCUCACUGUCUGAAACGGCUCACCCAACACACACACACACACCCCAGACGAGAGCGCAUACAGUGUGUCAUUUUUCAUCUCUUGAGGUUCAUUUCUUUCCUGGGGCACGAUGUCUACUGGCAGGUGUGAUACAUCAUAGAAAUCGUGGAUUUUAUUGCAGAUAUUAAAUUACCAUGUACAGAGCAUUCUUCUUUCCUUUCUUUUUUUUCUCUUCAUAAUUAAUAUGAAUUAGA